ACAAAAUCAUUGCAUUGGUUUGCUACUGCAGGGACAUAAAUGCUGCGGUUAUAUUAUUUAGCAUGCGCCGUUUCUCUGUAAUUAGAGCUGCCUUUUGUUCAUGCUAGACUUUUGAACAACUGCUUUGCCUUUCCUAUAUGAACUACAGAUCCUGAUUGACCUAAGAAUGACAAGGCAACCAUUCUUACGGACACAAUCCAGGUGCUGAAGGAUUUAACCACGGAAGUUAACAAAUUGAAAGCUGAAUGUGCAGCUCUUAUUGAAGAAUCUCGUGAGCUGAUGCAGGAGAAGAAUGAGCUCAGAGAAGAGAAAUCAUCUUUAAAAUCUGAAGUUGAAAAUCUUAAUGUCCAGUAGCAACAAAGGAUGAGGGUUGUGUACCCUUGGGCUGCCAUGGAUCCAUCCGUCGUCAUGGGUCCAGCCUACUCAUAUCCAGUUUCAAUACCCGUCACUCCAGGUCCAAUACCCAUGCACUCACAACUUCAGCCUUUCCCUUUCUUUGGAAAUCAGAAUGCAAGUGCUAUUCCCGCUCCGUGUUCUACCUUUAUCCCAAAUUUAAUGCCUGCCAAUCCCACAUUUAAACAGCAGUCAACCCAAUAUGCUUCCAGUUCUCACGUGUCAAAUAAAAAAGACUCCAAAAGCAGGUCUUCAGAUCAUCAAAGGGGCAGCAUUGCAGAGCAAGACGAAGAUUCAAAUGACGUGGCAACAGACCUUGAACUUAAGAUGCCUGGAACAUCAUCACGGCAGGACUUGACGUCCGGAGAAAAGAAGGGCAAGCAGACCCAGAGGAAGGAGAUAAGUAUCUUACUGAUGGGAGCUCGUCGAGCAAGCUUUCCUCAUCUCAGGCUUUUCCAGAUAGUUCCUCCAAUAGUGUUAGUGACAACCCAAAGUCCAGUAGAUGAAGAGUUAAGUCCAGAAAAUCUUAAUGCCACAAUUUUCUUUUCCUGUUACAGGCCUAACUCAUUUUCUAGUCCUUUCGUAGUUUGUACCCUAGUUAACCGAGGCUGGUCAGUUGUAUAUUAUGUUGCGUUUGCUUAACUUACAGGGAAUUUUUUUAGUUUAUACAGAUUUCAGAGCAUAUGCCUGAAACUUGAACAAUGAA